AUGGUAUCUGCCCCAACAACCCAAGGCCAAUCCAGCCUCCCAUCCACAAACCCCACCACCUCAUUUUGGCACUGCGACCCCUCCCCGCUCCUCCUAGGCCACAGAACCACUCCGGACCUCCCAACAACCACCGAUGUAAUAAUAAUUGGAUCUGGCAUCACCGGCGCAUUUGCCGCGCACUUUCUGCACGAGCAAGACGCGUCGAGGGAUGUCCUUAUGUUGGAGGCGAGAGAGGCGUGUUGGGGUGCUACUGGCCGUAAUGGAGGACAUUGUCAACCUUCCGUUUAUCCCAGCCCGCCUGAUAUCGGUGGGUUUGAGUUACGGAAUUACAAAUUCUUAAAGGACUUUGUGGCGAAUAAUGAGAUCCCGUGUGAGUGGAAGACGUUAGAGGGAUGUCACGCUUAUUACGACGCGGAUAUGUUCGCGCAAGCACUAGGUCUUUAUCAGAUUCUCCAGGAUGCGGAUCCUGAACUCAGCGGUACCGUCAAAGUCAUAACACAAGAUUCAAUUAGUCCGAGUCUGAGUGACCUCCGUGUUCCGAGAGCGGUGGGAGCGUUCGUACAAGCUAAUGCGGCAUCGUUGUGGCCGUAUAAACUGGUAUGCUGGACGCUUGAGAGUUUACUGACGAAAGGGGCUUUCAAUCUUCAGACAAACACACCGGUCACGUCGCUCCAGAAAGUUGAAAAAGAUGGCUCGUGGAUCGUCCAUACACCCCAGGGAAUGGUCGCCGCGAAAAACGUCAUCUUAACCACAAAUGCGUACACAUCUCACCUGUUACCCAAGAUGAAAGAUCUCAUCGUCCCAGUCCAAGGCGAGAUGAGUGCUUUAGUGGCGCCGCGAAAUGUGAAAAGAGCGCCGUUGGCGAUGAGUUAUGUCUUCGCGGGCCAUGACAAGGUGAAAAAUGUGUAUCAAGAUGACUACCUGAUCCAACGUCCCUCUGGCGGCGAACUCAUGUUCGGCGGUGGUCGGCAAUACGCAACGGAUGGUGGCGUGGGCUGUUCAGACGAUUCAUGGACAUCUCGAAGCGCUGCUAAAUACCUUCGCAACGAACUCAACCACGCCCUCGACCUCUCCCCUUCAUCUUCUGAGGAGGUUAAAACCCUCCGCGAGGAGCUUAGUCGCGCUCUUGACCCCUCUUCUUCCUCUUCCAAGGAGCUCAAGGCGUCGUUCGAAUGGACGGGUAUUAUGGGGUUUUCCCGCGAUGGAAGACCGUGGGUAGGUGCCGUACCCGAGGAAUUGGGUGGUGGAAAGGGAUUGUGGAUCUGUGCUGGGUUUACGGGUCAUGGGAUGCCGAAUGCGACGGGGUGUGCGAAGGCGGUUGUGGAGUUGAUGUUGGGGAAGGAGGGUGAGGAGGUGGAUUUACCGAGUGUGCAUCGGGUUGGUAGGGAGAGAGUUGAGAGAGCUAGAGUGGGUGAUGAGGUUAGAGAGGCGGAUUUGAAAGGGUUCUUUGUUUAG